UGUAAUGUCUGCUCUUCUUGUCUCUGUGGCGUUGACACCAUUUUGACAGGCUCAUAUCAUAUCAUCGUGGCCUUGGCCUUUGCUUUCAGCUAUCCCACAUAAUCAAAAAUAAAAAAGGCCUUAGAAAUCAUGGAGAUUCUCCAACUCUAAACCAAAUAUAUAUUUAAAAAAACAACACGAGAAAUUUUAUUCCAAGUUAUAAGAAGAAGAAGAAGAAGAGGAAAAAAAUUAGAAGAUUCAUAUAACUGCUGCUUUUUUAUUUAUUUUCUGGGAGUUGGCUUUGGAAAAUGGAGCGUUACGAGAUACUAAAAGAUAUUGGAUCAGGGAACUUUGGUGUUGCCAAGCUGGUUAGGGAUAAAUGGAGUGGGGAGCUUUAUGCUGUCAAGUAUAUUGAAAGAGGCCCCAAGAUUGAUGAGCAUGUACAAAGGGAGAUUAUGAACCAUAGGUCCUUGAAGCAUCCAAAUAUAAUAAGAUUCAAAGAGGUCCUGUUAACUCCAACUCAUCUUGCCAUAGUCAUGGAAUACGCUGCUGGAGGAGAACUUUUUGAAAGAAUCUGCAAUGCUGGUAGAUUUAGUGAGGAUGAGGCAAGGUUUUUCUUUCAACAACUGAUAUCAGGAGUGAGUUAUUGCCAUGUAAUGCAAAUUUGUCAUAGAGAUCUUAAGCUGGAAAACACACUAUUAGAUGGGAGCACUACAGCGCAACUCAAAAUAUGCGACUUUGGCUACUCUAAGUCAAGUGUGUUUCAUUCCCAGCCCAAAUCAACUGUAGGAACCCCAGCCUACAUUGCACCAGAGGUCUUGUGUAGAAAAGAAUAUGAUGGGAAGAUUGCAGAUGUUUGGUCUUGUGGGGUUACUUUGUAUGUCAUGCUGGUUGGGGCUUAUCCUUUUGAAGACCCUGAAGAUCCAAGAAACUUUAGAAAAACAAUUCAGCGGAUUCUGAGUGUGCACUAUUCAAUUCCCGACUACGUUCGAGUUUCAAAGGAAUGUAGACAUCUGCUAUCCAGGAUUUUUGUUGCAAACCCUGAAAAGAGAAUAACCAUACCAGAAAUCAAAAACCACCCCUGGUUUUUAAAGAAUUUGCCUGUAGAAUUCGUGGGAGGAGAGGAUGGCAACGUGGAAACUGAAGAAGAAAAUGAUCAAUCUCAAAGUAUUGAAGAAAUAUUGUCUAUAAUUGAAGAGGCUAGGAAACCUGGUGAGGGUCCCAAAGUUGGUAGUCAAUUACUUGGUAGCAUGGAUCUUGAUGACAUUGAUGAUGCAGACAUAGAUGACAUAGAGACAAGUGGUGAUUUUGUCUGUGCAUUACAAGUGUGAGUCUAAAAAUCAUGUAAAUUUUACAAACCAAUCUUACUGAAAACUCAAAAGAGAAAACAGUUCGAAGAUAAGGCAUUCUUUUCAUGGCUAAAGGGAAUCUGUUCAGUGGAUAGUGUUGCAUUUCCUUGGCGUGAAAGCCUGCUUUCUGUAAAGGAGUGGAAGGGGAUUAGAAGUUAUGUUGGUUCUUCUAAAGUUUAAAGUCUCCGAAGUUCUAAAUGUUUCUGUUUUCCAUUGUUGAUUAAAUGUCUGCCCGCUGGCUUCUGCUCGCCUGCGACAAAACCAAUUCCAUUAACAAAUCUCCAAUGCGUUGACGUUUGAUUCUAACCUAAGUAAUGGCAAAUAUUGUAAUAUAGAUUAUGUAACGAAUGCCAUGAUCAUUAGAAAAAGUACGGGCAUAUACCUCCAAUAUAGACAAAAAAAGUGAUAUAAUUGUCAAUUGUUAAAUGCUGUCAAGCUUCAACACUGCUCGGUGGAUAAUAUUUAAAUUCAUAGUUGCGUUUGGUGGGAUAUCGUAGGAUGAAUGAGUUUUGAAAGAACUUUUUUUUUGU